CAUGGAUAUGCAUGCGGUCACCCAGCCUCAGUCCUUACUGCUUUUCGCAAGCUCAAUGCUGCCCUUCCUCUGGUUGUACUUAUGCGCUGGGCUAAUCAUCCGGUGAGUAUAUAGUCUCAACGGUUCCGGUGACAUUGGCAUAGGACCGAUUCAAAACAUUGGCAGCCGAACCGCGUCUCUCAGUCGUCAGCUCAAACUGUUAUCGCUUCCCAGUUAAGCCGUUCGUUCACACCAUUGUUUGCCUCCCACGACGCUACACCUCCGUUCUACGGCUCCCUAUCCCAUUGAACACCCCCACGACCUCCGUCCCUACGCUACUUGUUGGUAUGAAGUACGGCGAUACCCUGAGGCAGAGGUCCAUACCAGAAUGGGGCCAUUAUAACAUAGACUACGACUACCUCAAAGAGCUUAUCAAGCACCAGACCACGCCUGGCACGAACAGGGCCGUCUCCAUACCCGGCCAGGGCGAGAGCACAGAGCGGGCCUUUGGCGACACCUUCUUCAAGGUCCUCGCGGAACAACAUGAUCGUAUCAACCUAUUCAUACGAAGCAAGAGCGGCGAGAUCGAGCGGCGGCUAGAGCACAUCAGCAAGACCCUACAGCAACUACGCGCGAAACGUGAUCCGGCAAGCGGGCGCCUCCCCGCUCGUACCGUGGAGAGAUAUGCGAAGAUCGAAGCAGAUGUCCUGAGGACCGGCGAGGAAAUCAGGUCGCUAUCCCGCUUCCAAGUCACCCAACGAACUGGCUUCGUCAAGAUCCUGAAGAAGUACAAGCGCUGGACUAAAGAUGGAGAGCUUGCCUAUGUUUUCAAGCAAGAGAUCAGCAGCCGCCCGGACAGCCUUUUUCAGCUAGACCUGGGCUACCUAUUGGACCAGUUCAUUGACGCACUCGACACGCUCCGUUCGGCUUUCGAUGUCGAGGGUACAUCAGCGGCCAACGCUAUCAGUGUUAGUGGUCAGUCGCCGGCUGCGCGCAUAUCAAGAAGUCUGGAGAAAGGAGAUGACGUGGACUUUGACCUAGCACUGGACACAGUGCCCUUGGGCUCCAAAGGAAACAAAGCAACAUAUUGGAUACAUCCGGAUCACAUUGUUGAGGCCCAGGUAUUGCUUCUUCAACACAUGCGACUUUACAUCAACAAAGCAAGGCGUAAUUCAUCUUCUAGACCAACACCACUUCGCCGCCACUCGUCCACAGCCAACAUAGACCCUUAUGUUGGCAGCGAAGAUACAACUGGACUUGUUGUUCUUGAUCACCCCGAGACGUUUGCAUUCAAGCAAAACGCAAGCACAAUAGGCGCGGCUGAAGAGAUGCAAGGGAGCAUUGGAAUCAAGGCAGCGGGACAGGUGCGGUGCUGUGCUUCAAGUCAAGCGGCGGUUGUUAUUUGUGACGAAGGCGAUGCGCAACACGCAACACCAUCCAGUGUCAAGACAGUAAAGAUGGAACUCAGAUAUCUGAAAAACUUCUUGGAUACAUCUGUAACUGAUGACACUAUUAAACAUUCUUGUAACCCAGGGGAGAAUGUCUUGACUGUUCGACAAUGGCUUGUUGAACACCCAUCGGCAAAGCCCAUUGCUGGUGCACUCUUGAAGCGAACCCGGUUUACUGGACUUCACAACAAUUCUGCCGGAGGUAUUUGGGCAACUUUAGACAAGGACAUCUCUUUGACAGACCAGCUGUUUGAUGACCUUGGCGGCGAUGACUGGACUGCAGCAGCCAAAUCAGAGUCGAGCAAGCGGUUUCCUCAUGCCAUCUUAGAGAUUCGCCGUGAGGGCAACCAGGCUACGUCUCUCAUCCAGAUGCUUGACCGAAGUCAUUUGGCUGAGCGUGUCCGAGGAUUCUCUUUGGAAGCACAUGCUGUGUGGGCUUCCUGCAAGCCAGGCGCCAUGUCUGCGCCAUUCUGGAUUUCCCUCUUGGACAAGGAUAUUCGCAAAUUACCAGAGCCCGCCCAACGACGGAGCCGUAAAGCUAGAGGUAGUGCCAGUGCUUCGGUAUCGCAGAUGUCUCCUACAGCCACAUCCACAUCCAACACUUCGUAUGACGGUCAGUCUAGCCCGCUUGCGUCACGUUACGAGGAGUCUUCUGCAACAUCGGUACAUGAGUUUGUCGACCCACCGCCACUGCAGGCAUUUAGAAAGAAGAGUCGCAAGCCCUAUUCCGACUAUCCUCCCCCGAUGAUACGGGGAGAGUCUGAGGCAGAGGCACGGCCACGAUACUGGAACGAAUACGACCAUCCGGAAGACGAAGAAGGGAGCUAUUAUAUCUAUAUCGACCCAGAUGCGUCUGUGAAGUUUCCGGGACAAGAGUUCUUUGAGGCAUGUGCGAGGAAAACAAGAAGGCUGUUUGGGAUACAAGAGGAACCUGAAGAGGCAUCCCUCUCUGGCAUUGAAGAUUCGGAUGAUGACAAUGAUACAAUCGAUUCAUCGCCCAUUAUCCACGCAGCAAAUUACGGAGCAAUUGAUUCCAGCAGGCAGAGUACAGAGGGGAAGGGCUAUUUCAGUAAUCUGUUCCGGUCCCUACGUGACCCCCACCGCGACGCAGACAUUUUCAACGAGCGGCGCACAUUACUAGGCGAGGUUGAGAGUAAUCAACACAAGGUUGAAAUGACCAAACUGCGGUUUUACUCGACAGCUCUGGGUGCGGCUGUGGUGUUGGACCUCAUCUUGUGUCUGAUGACGGUGACGAGCCGGAAGAAGGAGCGAGGCGUUGUGGAUGCUGGCGUUAUGAUUGGUACUAUUUGUUCGCUUGUCUUAUGUGUUGUCGCUGUGAUCAGCAUGCAAACACGUAGGGAGCGGUUAGGAUGGGUGCAUCAGGGAGCGGUGCUGAGCAUCACGGGUGCGGUGGUGGCAUUGGACAUUGUACUUUUGCUGUGGGUAGCACGGAUUUGAGAAAGGGGGCUUGGCUAGGUGUGGUCUGGUUGUUGUCAUAUUUUUUCUGUUGGGUACUGGUACGGGGGAGUGAGAAGCUUGGGUCUUCUCUAGGGGAGGGCGGAACGACGGCGGCAUGGCUGGCUGUUGGUUGAUUUUGUGGGUAUACGGUCAUAUGUGGAAAGGAUUGGGCGCCGACAAGAAAGAUCGCCGCCGAGAUAUUCAACAUGAAUCAAUGCUGGCAGCACCAUUCGAUACACGAAUCCACAGGACAUGAG